GCGGUCCUGUUCCCUAUAUAGUCAGCUCCACCGCAGCGCCCUCCCCUCGCUUCUUCCUUCCUUCCUGUACAGUACACGUCAACCCCGCCAUGCCCUCCCCCCCUACAGACGUCAACGCAGCUCUUGACAUUGCCGGCCACCCAGACAGGUCCACUCGCUCACAGCCACGGCUCAGGCGACUCGCAUCGAAACCUCUCAAACUGGCAGCUUCCACCUUCAAGCCCCGCUCUUCACGAGCGCCCUCUCCUUUCCUACCCGAUGAUCCCUCUUCUACCACCAUAAGUACGGCAGCUUCUUCUGCUUCAGGAGGGUGGAAAAAGGGGACUCGGCACCAGCACAUAUCUCAUCAGACAGCGGCCGGGCUCACUCCUGCACAAGUCGCUUCAGCUGCUCGAGGUCCCCGCAAGCCAUUAGAAGGAGAGGAACCUGCGGCUUGGCUUAGAGUCAGGGUAGUUAAAGCUGAAGGUCUGGUAGCCAAGGAUAGGAGUGGGACAAGUGAUCCCUUUUUGAGCCUACUCAUGCCCCCUUGUACCCGAUACAGCACUCCUGUCGUCAAAAAGACCUUGGACCCUGUUUUCCCAGCCGAUACAUGUACCUUUGAUUUUCCCAUUUACCUGAGCUUGGCUGGGGUAGUAGGUGGCAGAGGUUUGGAGGGUGUGCUUUGGGAUAAGGACCUGAUGAGGAAAGAGUAUAUGGGCGAAAUAGCGAUUCCAGUAGACAAAUGGUUCCCCGACGGUCAUGCCCAUCUCUGGCACGACAAUUUACCUCUCCUUACUCAACGCAUCCUGUCUACCAGACGAAAGCACAAGGUCUCAGGCACCACCACCUUCCAAAUCGGGUUCGUGCCUCCAAAGAACACUACCAGCACUGAGGAAUCUUUGCGCACCAUAAGGCUGGUUUAUGCUGCUUUGAUGGAUCAUGGUAGCUUGAGCAGGGGAUCUAUUGGAGUGCUCGGGGUGCCAGCCCACAAGGGCAUCGGUACGGUCAAGAUGCGCACUCAGCCUGUCGAGCCUUCCCGGCUUGCCAAACUCCAAGGUGCAGCUUCCGCCGUCGCGGGUUCUUUGACGGGAGGUCACAAAAUGGUCAACUUGCAGGGCUCUGAAGUCCACCCGGAGGACGAAGAUGAUGAACCAGAUGAUGAAGAGGAACUUCUGUCAGACGAUGGUAUCUCCUCAAGUUCUUCCAAUGAUGAAUUUGAAGACGCCUUAGAGGAAGAAGAAGUCAUGAUCCUGACCGACUCGCCCUCUACCAAUGAGCCUGCUGACAUACCUCUGGGCCAGCAAGUACCCGGUCUAUCCAUUACACCUAGUGAUGCACCUGUAGAUGACAAGACGCCAAAGACCGCAGGCUACCUCGGCCCUCAAGGCAGACGUAAAGCACAUUCUCGCCAAGCCUCAUUGCCAAUAGGCCAGCUUGAAGCCCAACCCAUGGUCAAGUCCAGUUCUGCCGAUUCAGCCGUUUCCAGCGCCGGCACGUCUACAACAGGUCUCGUCACGCCUGGCGGUAAAGCGAGGCGACCCUUGUUCAGGCGCGGUAAGUCUAGGGCUGAUAGUGGGACGGAGCAAAAGCCUGUUGAGAAGAAGAAGUCCAGAGGGUUCGAGUUCGAUGCCAAGCAAGGUAAGGAGGUGCUGGGCAUCGUUAUUCUGGAGAUCAAAGGAGCGACCGAUCUCCCCAAGCUGAAAAAUGCUUUGCGAGUGUCCUUCGACAUGGACCCUUUUGUCGUCAUCUCAUUUGGCAAGAAGGUCUUCCGAACUCGAGUGAUCAGACACUCCCUAAACCCUAUUUGGGACGAAAAACUUCUCUUUCACGUUCGCCGACAUGAGGCAGGAUAUCUUGCUCAAUUUGCAGUUCUUGAUUGGGACAAGGUGUCCGGUAAUGAUAUGAUCGGGUCCUGUGUAUUACCUGUGAGCGAGCUGAUUGCGGAUGCGCCCAAGCCUGAUCCCCAAACUGGCUUAUACGAUAAAGAAGUUGAUGGAAAGCAUGAGAUGAAAGAAUUCACUCUGUCAAUCUCUACAGACAAGGAUAGGGCUUGGGAAGCCAAGCACUCUCCCAAACUUACUGUUCGAGCAAAAUACGAGCCCUACGACGCCCUUCGCCAACGUUUCUGGCGUCAAUACAUAACUCAAUACGAUGCAGAUGAUACUGGCGCUCUCUCUUACACCGAACUCACCGCCAUGCUCGAUUCCCUCGGCUCUACUCUUACUCGUCACACAUUGGAAGGUUAUUUUUCUAUAUGCGGUAAAGAGGCGGACAAGGAUGAAUUGACAAUGGAGGAAGUUAUCAAGUGUUUGGAAGGGGAGGUGGCGAAGAGUCGGUUUGAAAAGGCCAAGGUUGGCUCAGAUGAUUCAACGACGGACGCAAGCACUCCCUCUGUAGCUCCGCAACCUGCUCAGGAUGGCUUGGGUUUCGUUGGUCCACAAGGAAACAUUUCGUCUCCCGUGGAUCCUGAUGAGCUUGCAGAGUCAAUUCGACAGAGCAAGCCUAGAAACCAAAAGGGUGCGGACGGUGAUGAGAGUGCAGGUAAUCAGACCGUGGUAGGUGGGCCUGGGAGUGUCGUCAGCUCAAUCAAGAUGCCCCCCGGCGUUCCGUCUGUCAAGGUAGAGCGAACAACCUCAUUUGACGGUGGGACUGUCCCAGCCCCAGGUCAACCCGGUGCUGACGGCAAUUUCACUCCCCAAUCAUCAUCUGAUGCCGACCUUGACGAGACCGAUUCUACCCCGUUUGACGAUCGCGAACGUGUCAUCAAUAUCAAGACGUGCCCUCUUUGCCAUCGUCCUCGCCUUGGCAAAAAAUCGGAACAGGAUAUUGUCACACACCUCGCGAUCUGCGCAUCCGCUGAUUGGAGUCGUGUGGAUAGAAUUGUAACUGCGAACUACGUGACGAGUAGUCAAGCUCAGCGCAAGUUCUUGAGCAAGAUUAUGAACAAAAUGGCUAUUGGAAGCUAUGCGUUGGGUGCGAAUAGCGCGAAUACUAUCGUACAGGAUCGAAUAACUGGGCAGUUGCAGGAAGAGAAGAUGGCUGUGUAUGUGCGGAUGGGCAUCAGAGUUUUGUACAAAGGUGCCAAGGGUAGUAUGAACGGCGCCAGAGCUCGAAAGCUCUUGAAGUCUCUAUCUAUCAAACAGGGUCUCAAAUAUGACUCUCCUUCUUCUGCAGUCGAUAUUCCCGGCUUCAUUGCUUUCCACAAUCUCGAUAUUAAUGAAAUCCUUGACCCACUCGACUCUUUCAAGACGUUCAACGAGUUCUUCUACCGCAAACUCAAACCAGAUGCGAGACCUAUUGAAGAACCCGGGAACGAUGAUAGGCUCGUAUCAUGUGCGGAUUGUAGGCUAAUGGCCUUCGAAACGGUGAACGAGGCCACUCAGCUCUGGAUCAAGGGGAGGGAGUUUACGAUCGGAAGGUUGUUGGGACCAAAUUACAAGGACGUAAUAGAUAGGUAUGAGGGCGGAGCUUUGGCCAUCUUCCGACUUGCUCCUCAGGAUUAUCACCGUUUCCACUCUCCGGUCAAGGGCAAGAUUGGUAAGAUGACGAUGAUUGAUGGGGAAUACUACACCGUUAAUCCUCAAGCCAUCCGAUCGCCUCUUGAUGUUUAUGGCGAAAAUGUGAGGAAGGUCGUACCUAUUCAUAGUGAGAAUUUUGGUUUAGUCAUGACGGUUUGGGUUGGUGCGAUGAUGGUGGGAAGCAUCUUGACGUCUGUGAAUGAAGGACAAGAAGUCGAAAGAGGCGAUGAGUUGGGAUAUUUUGCAUUUGGUGGUUCAACCAUCGUGUGCAUUUUCGAGAAAGAUGCCUUGCAAUGGGACGACGACCUCCUUCAAAACGGGCGUGCCAGUAUUGAGACUCUUGUCCGCAUGGGCAUGGGUCUAGGUCGUAGCGUACAAAAGCCUUAACAGCCUGACCCCACGCAGAUACGCCUCUCCAUAGGGAACGAACGUGUACAUGUCCUGGGAAACGUUUUGAAGAACAUUUUGUAUAUUAGACAACAUAAAGCAAGGGAGGAAUAUACCAACAACUGUCUUUGGUUAUCAUAUGAAAUGCC